AACUAUUUUUACGGUCUACAUCACAUAUCAGUGUAACACACAACAUUGGAAGGCAGCGCUGAGCUGGAGUAGAGAAACAACACAUCUAACAUAAUUAUAUAAGUAUUCAAAUAUAUUGUCGCCAGUAUAUUACCGAGUUUUGUUAAGUAGUUAAUCAAUGUAGCUGCGAUAGCUAACGUUAACCCUAAACAUUUCUUAGCUAGCAUAAGCUAGUUAGCUCGGAGCUAGCUAAAGUUAUAUUUAAAAAUUGUUGGAAAGUCUGGCAACUAGGUUUCUUAUAACCAUGUGACUAGCUACAGUAUUGUUAAAUAUUAAUUGACAAACAAUUUGCUAACUCGACGUUAAAAUAUGUACAUUCAUUCAUCUUCAUUUGAUUUACAAGGCGAGCGAAAAUCUAUGUAUAAACAGUCUGAAAAUAGGUUCUUCAAAUGUGGUGAAAAGACAAGCCCUAUCAGUGUAAUUUUGGUUACUUCGGGUAGCCGAGGGAACAAAUUGCUCUUUAGGUACCCAUUUCAACAGGUUUCAGAUUGCACAUCAUCACUCACGACAAAACAGCGAAGUCCAUAUGCAUUGAACACUACAGGAGAUGUUCUUGAAGACCCAGAUGGAGAUUCAAGAGAACAAACUCCGUUAACUGAUGAACAGUUGGUAGCAGGGUUCUCUGACAUUAUCCUCGCCACUAUCUUGGCCACCAAGUCUGAUAUGUGUGGGAAGAAGUUUGAGCUGAAGAUAGACAAUGUGCGUUUCGUUGGGCACCCCACCCUCCUCCAGCAUCCUCACACCAUUCAGGUGUCCAAGACAGACCCCUCACCUAAGAGGGAGAUGCCCACCAUGAUCCUGUUCAGUGUUGUGUUUGCUCUGAGGGCCAACGCCGACCCGUCAGUCAUCAGCUGCAUGCACAACCUGUCCCGGCGCAUCGCCAUCGCCCUGCAGCACGAGGAGCGCCGCUGCCAGUACCUCACCAGAGAGGCCAAGCUGAUGCUGGCCGUGCAGGACGAGGUCACCAACAUGACCGAGACUGAUGGCAGCCCUCAGUCACCGUUCAGACAAAUCCUUCCUAAAUGCAAGCUUGCCAGGGACUUGAAGGAGGCAUAUGACAGCCUGUGUACAACAGGGGUGGUGAGGCUCCAUAUCAACAACUGGCUGGAGGUGAGCUUCUGUUUACCUCACAAGAUCCACCGGGUAGGGGGCAACCACGUACCCCCAGAGGCUCUGGAGCGUAGCCUCAAGGCCAUAAGGCCAUAUCAUGCUCUGCUGUUGCUGGACAGUGAGAAGGCUCUGCUAGCCCAGCUGCCUUUGGACUGCUCUCCUGCUCUGGUGCGCCUCAUUAAGACCUGCUCUGCAGUCAAGAACCUGCAGCAGCUGGCACAGGAUGCAGACCUGAACCUGUUACAGAUCUUCCAGAUUGCUGCUCACCUGGUGUACUGGGGAAAAGCCAUCAUAGUGUACCCUCUGUGUGAGAACAAUGUCUACAUGCUGUCCCCACACGCCAACAUCAGCCUGUACUCUCCAUUGGCUGAGGCGUUUGGCCAGCAGUUCCCAGGUCAUGACCUGCCUUCCAUGCUGGCCAAGUUCUCCCUGCCCCUCUCACUGUCUGAGUUUAGGAACCCACUGGAUGCUUCUGUGCAGGAGGCCCAGCUGAUCCAGAUGGUGGUGUGGAUGCUCCAGCGGCGCCUGCUGAUCCAGCUCCAUACCUACGUGUGUCUGCUGGUGCCCCCCAGUGAGGAGGAGUCAGGUCUGCUGCGGGACGAGGAGCUCCCUCUGGUGGCCCGGGUGGGGGGCCGCAGCCUCAGCACGCCCAGCGCACUCAGCUUCGGAUCCCCAACCAGCAGUGAUGACAUGACCCUGACCAGUCCCAGUAUGGAUAACUCCAGUGCAGAACUGCUUCCUGGUGGAGACUCUCCACUAAACAGGAGGAUGACCGAGACGUUACUGGCCAGCCUGACAGAGCACGAGCGCCAGGUCAUCCUCAACAUCCCGGCUGCACAGAGCCCUGAAGACCUGCGCAUGUUUGCCAGGCUGCUGCACUACUUCCGAGGGCACCAUCACCUGGAGGAGAUCAUGUAUAAUGAAAACAUGAGGCGCUCUCAGCUGAAGACCCUCUUUGACAAAUUCAGAAGUGUUCUGGUGGUCACCAACCAUGAGGAUCCUGUCAUCUCCCUCUUCCAGUCUCCUCUGGAGUAGAGGUCUGUCAUCUCCCUCUUCCACUCUCCUCUGGAGUAGAGGUCUGUCAUCUCCCUCUUCCACUCUCCUCUGGAGUAGAGGUCUGUCAUCUCCCUCUUCCACUCUCCUCUGGAGUAGAGGUCUGUCAUCUCCCUCUUCCACUCUCCUCUGGAGUAGAGGUCUGUCAUCUCCCUCGUCUGCUCUCCUCUGGAGUAGAGGUCUGUCAUCUCCCUCUUCCAGUCUCCUCUGGAGUAGAGAGGUCUGUCAUGAGAUGAAGGACCCUUUCUGAAAUACCAGACGGACAGAAUGAUACAGACUGCUGCUGUACAAAGGCCUUAUUAUGGUGCUUGCUGCUUUCAGCCAACUGGAUAAUAUUGCAAUUUGAGGUAACUAAUAUACUGUACUCAUCUAUCAAUGCACCAGAAAAAUAUACUGAUUUAAAAAAGCAUAACUGUCUGCUCUGCUUGGGGGAAUGUGAGUAAAUGUAUGUAGCUUUUAGAUGAUUUAAUUUGUCCCUUUGUCUCUUAGAUGUUUUAGGUUCAAUGCCUUGUUUUCAAUACUACAUGAUUGAAUAACAGUGUGUGAAGAGCUUUAGUGACACCUAUAAAUUGGGCAGUUUAAACACUGUACUCCACUUGAGCCUUUCCAUUUGGGGGAUUCCCAAAAGUGAUAAAUCAUCUCCAACAAACACAAUGUAGGAAAACAACCCCAAUGCUCAUUCCAGGCUGCAGGCAAGGCUGCCUCCCCCAGGGGUCUCAGUGGGAGGGAAAGAAUGAAUAGAUGCCAAACAUCAGACAUGCUGUUUCUGCUUUGAGAGAAGGAGCACGACGUUCCAAACAUCUGUGAAAUCAAUUAUUACAAAAUAACUUUUCAAGCAAGGACUUUUAUUAAAAAACAGGUGGAAGAUUGAGAAUGACUGGAAUGGAAAUUCUAGUUGCUUUGAUAGCAGGGAGGGGAGGCUAGAUCAAAUAUUUUACAGAUGUUUGGAAUGUAGUUUAAUCAUUUGUAGCAUACAAAUAUGGCAUAUUCCAUAUCUGUGGGAUUUGUGUUUGUGCAACAAUGUGUGUAUGUAUUGAUUCUGGAUUCCCCUCGGAGCAAACAUUUUGGCUUUGGGUCUUUUGCAAUGAUUUGCCUAUAGCUAGACCAAAUUACUGAAAUAGCUCAUAGCUGACAUGUUUUCACUUGCUCUAGCAUUGUCUGUAAAAAGCUGGUUAUAGUUAAGAAAAAAACAUUAUGUACUCAUCAUGGUUUGAUACAAUUCCCAAAAUAUUCCCAAUUUCAA